GUCACCACCACAUGAGAGCCUCCGCCGCAUUGUUUCGCCCAUCUCCGCGAGUGCUCGAGUAUCUGAUCCGAAAAGGUCGUGUCCCAGCCGCGAACAUGGCCGUCGUGGCCGUGCAAGAGCCGCACGAAGAGCCAGAAAUUCUCGAACCUCCUCCUAAAGUCGCCGUCACGCCUUGCGAUCCAUGGCCUCGACCGUACUAUCUCGAAGACAACCUCCGACGCGUCGCGCCCUAUCAUUUCACCUACAAUACCUUCUGUAAAGAGCGUUGGCGCGGGAGAGGUUUGCUGGAUAUCUUCACAGACGAGUUUCGUGACAGACCAGUUGAAUACUAUAAAAGUGCGAUUGAGAACGGCGCAGUGCAGAUCAAUGGUAAGACCGUACCUUCGAUUGACACAACUGUCAAGAACGGCGAUGUCAUCAGCCAUACCAUGCAUCGACAUGAGCCGCCUGUGACAGCGCAGCCUAUUGGUGUCGUGCAUGAGGAUGAGAAUGUCAUUAUUAUCAAUAAGCCGGCUGGAGUACCUGUGCAUCCUGCUGGAAGGUAUAACUACAACUCCGUUGUGGAAAUCAUGCGGGCUGAGCGGGGGCAUGGAUUCGAUCCAUUGCCUUGCAACAGGUUGGAUCGUCUCACGAGUGGAGUGAUGUUUAUUGCUAAACACAAGAAGGCCGCGGUGGACAUUACAGAUCAGCUCAUGGGAAGGACGAUAAAGAAAGAGUAUGUCGCGAGAGUAAAAGGAAAGUUUCCAGAAGGAGACGUCGUGUGCGAGCAACCAAUCCUACAGAUCUCCCCGAAACUCGGACUGAAUCGAGUGCGCGCGAAUGGCAAAGAAGCCAGGACUGUGUUCAAACGACUCGCGUACUACCCUCCUCGAGAACCUGGACUGGAUGCGAAUGGCAAUGUGAAGGAGGGAUACAGCAUUGUUCGCGCUCGGCCAUUGACUGGAAGAACGCAUCAACUGCGCGUACAUCUUCAAUUCCUCGGACAUCCCAUCACCAACGACCCCAUCUACAGUAAUCAAAGAGUGUUUGGUCAAGAUCUCGGGAAAGCCUCCAGCACGGGCGACGACGAUGAAGAUAUUAUUUCUCGGCUCUCCCGUAUGGGGAAGUCUGAAGUCGCAGAGGCGGUUGCGUAUCACGAUGAAAUGGUCGACGAGUACAACCGGAAGAAGGCGGAGAAGAUGACUGGUGAGCUGUGCGAUGUCUGUCAGACUCCAUUGUACAGCGAUCCUGGUGCGCAUGAACUGGGAAUUUAUUUACACGCCCGAAAGUACAAUUGUGCAGAGGGGAGAUGGAGUUAUGAGACGGAUUUGCCAGAGUGGGCUUUGCCGCCACCUGGGUACGAGGGGCCCAAGGAGGCUACGCAGGAGACGGAUCCCUUGGCCGUGGAUGUCGAGAAGCUGAAGAUUUCUAGUGGGCAAGCUGAUGAGGCGAAGGCAGAAAAGGGUGCUGAGGGGCCGCCGACAUGAAAAGCUGCUGGCGUUUGCGGCAUAAUGAAACAACGGAAAAGCCGUCCACAGCGGUGCAGAACAUUGCCAUGCAGAACAACUGGAUUUGCAGUAGCAAUGAAGUCAGCCACGCUUAUGAGGUGCAGCUGCAGAAGUUCCGGAGUCUUUCUGGACUGGUGAUAUGGAAUUCUCCAAGGUCUACGCAUAACCCUUGACGGGAGCCCAUCUGGCAUACGAUCAAAUAUGCCUGAGCAGCUGACGCACCCAGCUCUCCGACAGUGUUGCUUCUGCACAGAGAAGACACGC